UCUCGCGGGUGUCCACGAUGCGCACGGACUCGAGCCUCCUUGCGCUGUGCGGGGUGAUGGUCAUGGUCUCGAGCUGCCAUGGCGCGAGGGUUGUGAGCGGCCAGACGAUCUGCCAGGGGGGGCCCGAGCACCCCUGCUACAAGAUCGCGUACUUCCGGGAUGUGUCGAGCCGCGUGGCGUUCUGGGAGGCGCGGCAGGCGUGUGAGAUGGACGGAGGGGCGCUGCUGAGCGUGGAGAGCCGGGAGGAGCAGCAGCUCAUCGAGCGCCUCCUGCAGGACCUCAGCUCCGCCUCCAGCUCCGCCUCCGACCCCGCCCGCGCCGGCCCCGGCAUCGCCGACGGUGACUUCUGGAUCGGGCUGACGCGCGACGGCGAGCCGCAGGAGCAGGCCGGCUUCGCCUUCUGCCCCGACCUGUACAGGUGGACGGACGGCAGCGUGUCGCAGUUCAGGAACUGGUACUCGGACGAGCCCUCCUGCGGGGGCGAGGCCUGCGUGGUGAUGUACCACCAGCCCACUGCCCUCCACGGCCUGGGCGGGGCCUACCUGUACCAGUGGAACGACGACAGGUGCAACAUGAAGCACAACUUCAUCUGCAAGUAUGAGCCAGAUGUGUCCCCUAAACAGCCUGAAGAGAAGGACCCCUCCAUCACUGAUGAAGACGGGGGUCCCCAUGUGCUGGUGGCUGGGCCCUCAGGCCUGCUCCUGGUCUAUGUGAUCAUUCCCACCAUUCCGCUGCUCCUGCUGAUCCUGGUGGCUUCAGGAACCUGCUGCUUUCAGAUGCUCAGCAAGAGCAAACCCCGGACAAAAAGCAGCACGAACCAGUCAACGCUGUGGAUCUCAAAGACGCCCAAGUCUGAGAGCGGGAUGGAGGUGUGAGUGACAGGAAGGCUCAG